AUGAUAAAGGAGAGUUCAUCAUCUUCUGAUGAAGAUCUACAUGUUCUAUGUGAUGAUGAAGAAGAGUUAGAUGAUGAUUUUUCUGAAGGAAGGGGAGGUGAGACAGGUGUCGAGGAACUAUGCGUUAUUUGUGGUGAUUUCGGGAAGGAUAACGAAUUGUGGUACAGGUGCGUCAGCUGUGGUAGCUGGUCGCACGCUUUAUGUUCCGGAUAUGAUUCUGCAGUUAAUUAUUUUUGUGGCUUUUGUAUGUAA